UGCCUCGGAGGCGGUGGCUACGGCAGCUGGAAAGGGCCGUUGUUGUCACCUUGGCCAUGGCGGCCGGGCCGCCCCCACCGCUGGAGCCCAGCCCGCUGCCCACGUUCUCUGAGGAGGGAUUCGUGGAGAAGUUCGUGCGCAAGACCCGCGAGAACCCCCUGGUGCCCCUCGGCUGCCUGUGCACCGUCGGUGUCCUGGUCUACGGGAUUAUCUGCUUCAAGAAAGGCCAGACUCGGCGCUCCCAGCUGAUGAUGCGGGCGCGUGUCGUAGCCCAGGGCUUCACCAUCGCUGCCCUGGUGGGGGGCAUGGUGGCCACGACUGUCAAAUCCCGACAGUGACAUCGGACAAAAGCGAAGCUGCGGCCACGGGCAAGAGUCUACCAGCAACCCCAGCUGGCAGAGUGAAUCCUGGCUGCAGAUGGGAGUUUUCUGAGAAACUGUUGUGAUGUCUCAGUGGAGCUAGUUCUGGAGCACUGGAAAUGGGGUGAAUACACUCUGUGAUUAACAUGUAA